CCGGGAAGCGGCGGGGGCCGCCGCGGGUCCGUUUGCCGCCCGUGUCUGCGCGGUGGCGGGCGGCGGCGGGGCCGUGGCCAUGGCAGCGGGCGGUGCCGCGGGGCCCGGCCCGGCCCAGGUGCGGCGCGGCCAGACCAUAUAACGGCGGCCCGGCGGGGGGCUGACGCGCCUUGGUGCUCCGCAUCUGCUGCGGCCUCGGGGGAUGUGCUUCUGUUAAGACCAGCAGAGCAACAACAGGCAAAAUGACAGCUGUAAGGUAUGAACAAGGGGCAGAGCUGACAGAAGUGUCCAGCUCUCCAACAGCAGGGGAGCCCACGGUGAAGAUUGAUGAUGGUCGUGAUGAGGAUAAUGAACCAGACAGCUGUUCCAAUUCGAUGCGGAGAAAAAUUGCCCCCUUUGUGAUGUCAUUUGGAUUCAGAGUAUUUGGAGUUGUGCUUAUCAUUGUGGACAUUAUAGUUGUUAUUGUGGAUCUGGCUAUCAGCGAGAAGAAGAAAGGUGUUAGAGAGAUUCUUGAAGGUGUUUCCCUGGCAAUUGCACUCUUCUUUCUCGUUGAUGUUCUCCUGAGGGUGUUUGUUGAAGGCUUCAAGAACUAUUUCCGGUCCAAACUGAAUAUUUUGGAUGCAUUCAUAGUGGUAGGCACUCUGUUAAUUAACAUGACAUACUCCUUCUCAGACCUUGCUGCAGCAGAUCAGAUACCAAGAAUGGUUACUUUCCUCCGAGUUCUGAGAAUUGUCAUCUUAAUAAGAAUAUUUCGCCUGGCUUCACAAAAGAAGCAACUUGAAGUGGUGACCAGGAGAAUGGUCUCUGAAAACAAAAGGCGUUAUAUGAAAGAUGGCUUUGAUCUGGAUCUCACUUACGUUACUGAUCGCAUUAUUGCAAUGUCAUUUCCAUCCUCUGGGAAGCAGAGUUUCUAUCGGAACCCUAUAGAGGAAGUUGCCAGGUUUUUGGACAGCAAACAUGGAGACCACUAUAAAGUCUACAAUCUCUGCAGUGAGAAAGGCUAUGACCCCAAGUACUUCCACUACAGGGUGGAACGGAUCUUUAUUGAUGACCACAAUGUCCCAGCACUACAGGACAUGCUGAAUUUCACUGCCAGUGUCCGUGAAUGGAUGAGUGAGGAUGAGAAGAACAUCAUAGCGAUUCACUGUAAAGGAGGCAAAGGCAGGACUGGAACAAUGGUCUGUACCUGGCUCAUAGACAGUGACCAGUUUGAGAGUGCAAAGGAAAGUUUGGACUACUUUGGAGAGAGAAGAACAGAUAGAAGCACAAGUACCAAGUUUCAGGGAGUUGAAACUCCGUCCCAGAGUAGGUAUGUUGGGUAUUAUGAGAUCCUGAAAAACAAGUAUAACUUGAAACUCCCACCAGAGAGACAACUCAAAAUAAAAAACCUCAAAAUCCACUCUAUACAUGGAGUUGGGAAAGGCAAUGGAACUGACAUGAAGGUGCAGAUAAUAGUGAAGAAGCAAGUUGUGCUAGAAUGUGUAUGUGCCAGUCAAGGAAACUGCAAGCUCUUCUUUGAUUCUGAAAGUGACUCGGUAGUCAUUGGCUUGGAAAACAGCCCUGUUCUAAGUGGUGAUGUGAAAGUCAGAUUUGAAUCUCGUUCUGAUCUCCCAAAAGGCUAUGAUGACUGCCCAUUCUUCUUCUGGUUCAACACUUCCUUUAUUGAAAAUAACAGACUCUACCUUCCCAGGAAUGAGCUGGAUAACCCUCACAAGUCUAAAACAUGGAAAGUCUAUAGUGAGACAUUUGCUGUGGAGGUGAACUUUGUUGAAGCAUAAGGGAAAGCUGGAAGAAGGGAAACAUGUAAAAUCAAUCUCUUUCCCUGGAGAAUGUCUUGCUGUUUCAGUAUGAAGUGAAGCAGUUUCAUUUUGAUGUACUUAAAUGUAUUUCUGUGUAGAUACAACUUCUCAAAUAAACUUACACAAAGUUCUGUUGUGCAGAGCAA